AUGGCCGAGAGCCCCUUGACUUCCACCACCCAGGUCUCCUCCGUCCGCCGUUGGAUCAGGCCCAAAUCGAGAUAUGUUGAUCCUCUCCUCAAAGCACUCCUCCUCACCGUUCAGAUCUGCGAACUGACCCUUCGAACGAUGGUGAGGCUCCGACCAAACUCGCCGAUCGAACGGAGUAAAGCUGUCUGGGAGUUCACUUGUCAGGUGUUACUGGAAGUAAGGCCUACGCAAUUACGACAAUUGAAUUCUGAUGUAACGUCGCAGUGUUGGUGUUGGCCUACUAGUGGUUUGGUGAAAAUUAAUUCAGAUGGUGCUCACCAUAGGGCGUUGGGUGUGGUUUCAUGCGGGGUCUUAUUCAGGAUAGCGAUGGCCGGUGGAUUCUCGGUUUUGCCAAGGUCUUUGUUGUGCCAAGGAUGGUGGAUUCACCCAAGUCAUUAUGUUGACAGCUUAGAGGCUUUGAAGGAGGUGUCGGAUUCAAAGGUGAAUUUGAGUAGGUUAUUGGUGGCUCACCAUAUUGCGAAGCUCUUGGAAGGAGAGUGGACUGUGCGGUUUAAACAUGUUCCUCGGCAUGGAAAUAGAGUUGCUGAUUGUUUGGAUAAGAUGGUGGAUUGGUGGCAUUAUGACUGCGUUGUUUUGUUGGAACCUCCCCUGGAAGUUCGACCUUUGUUGGAUGAUGAUUUAGCUGCUCCUGUUUCGGCCUAG